AUGGAGGUAUCCAUGACUACCCCGACAACUACACAUCUAACCGAUGCCACAAAUAGUUGUCCCGGUCCACCUCCUCUCGUUUCUGCUUCUGUAGUACCCAGUGCUCCUGUGAUUAUCAGCUCGCCUGCACCUCAGUUUCCGCAGCGCACGGACCCGGGGACUUCAGAUCCGCACACUGUCGAUCGUAGUGGAUUAGCUGUACGUCUUGUCCGCAAGACUAAAACCAAUUUUCUGCUCUCUACGUCCAAAAAAUCACGAAAGGCCAAAUCCGUGCUCACCCCGCAAACAGAGAAAUCCACUCCAGCAGAGUUACGAAAACCGAAUCCAUCACAUGCUCCGGAUGUAGUUGUACAUGUGUCGGAGCCAUCAACCCCUUUGCACAAGGAGGAUCGCAAGCGAGAUAAACACGCGAAAUCGCGCGAGAAGACUAGCACCGGUAAAUCGCGAAUGGAAAAUGUCAACUCGAAAUCCAAAGGUCGAUCAUCCUUGCGGAAGAAAAGUGAGCGUGCAUCUAAGGUGGCAUCAGUCUCAACGUCGAACAAAGACUUCCCGCAUAAACCCGUGUUUGGUGUCCGACUUUCGGUUGCCUAUGAACGAAGUCCAAGUCACGACGGUGUGCCGCUACCGGCAUUCUUUCGUUACUGUAUCGACUAUGUUGAACAAUAUGGCCUGAGCACGGAGGGAAUCUAUCGGGUUCCUGGUGUCAACUCUCAGAUACAAGCUCUGGUUACUGCUUUGGACAAGGGGGAAGAUUUUCUUCAAAUCCCACCCACUUCUCCUUCGUACUAUCAACUUUUGGAAGCGAUGAAACAUCCGGCCGGGUCCCGGGGAACACAUCACACAGGUGUCCAGAGUUUUGAUUCCGCAUCGAAAGGCAAGGGUCAAACUCAUGCAGAACCCGUUCUAACAACUAGUUUGGGCCCCGUGAUGGAGUCUGUACCAGCCGAGACCCCGACAGUUUAUGAAUCACUAGCUCGCCUGGUACACCAACAGCUACCACGUCCGCAUCGUUACUUGUUGGCCUGGUUGUUGCAGCAUAUGGUCCAUAUUAUCGAUCGUGCUGGAGAAAAUCUGAUGACCCAAGCAAAUAUCAUCAUUGUGCUCUCUCCCUGUUUGGGUAUCAGCCAUCGGUUGCUCUCAUUGCUGUUGGGACCACCUCCAUCCGAUGUGCAUAUCAAUCUGAGCCUGUUUGACCCAAGUCUGCCACCGGCAGAUCCCGAAAACGCAGGUGUCGACCCAAGCACAUGGCACUGGCUAUUUCCUCACCCGGCUUACUUACUCCGACCGUAUCGUGCUCCUCUACGACCCGGGCCGGAUUUAGAAUUGCCCGAGACUAAUGAGGAACUGGAUCUGGAAUUACACAAACAGGAAUCGUUGUUGUAUCAUUUACACGAGCAGAUUGGUCAAGGUGAUACUAGCGCAGAAAAGGAGGCACUCCUAUGGGAAGUUCAACGCCUUGUAACAGAAAUCCGUCGAAGAAAGCAACUCGUGGAUCCAGAUGCCAUCCGUGCCGAGUUGUCCCGCCAACAGGCUCAGUUGGAUCGGUUACACCGAGCUAUCGCACAAAACUCUUCCGAAACGAGCGCUGAACUCACAGGCUCCGGCACCCAAACUGACGGAUCACAACCGGCCGGCAAUGUAUGCGGUUCAGACUCGGCACCAACCCAUCGACGCCGUCCUGCAGGGUCGGCCAAAUCUCGUGCGGAACCGGUCUCGCUGUAUUCCGACGAACUAUGGGAAGUGCAGCGCCAAGUCACGAUGCUUAAACGGCGUUUGAAACAGCAGGAAAAAUUGGCCAAUACUGGUAGUGGCCAUACAAGCCAACAAACUGGUGUUCCCGCAAUUGCUGUUCCGAGUUCAAACUUAUCUGUGUCACGCUCAGAUGUGCUCGUGCAUCCGGUUGGAGGUGUGCCUCUUAUCAUCCCCACAUUGUCCGAACUGGAUGAAGAAGAGGUUCUGAAUCUCACUCUGCGGAAAUUGCCCUUGGAUAUUCCCUCAUCCGCUAUUCCAGUGGUACUUUCAUCUGUGCCACCGUGUCCUGUUCCGACAAGUCCAACUACAACAAUGGCAACAACAACAUCGGUGACGGAGGUAACUCAUUCGCCGGAUAUCGAACCGGAUGUAACUGAAGCAGUCAAGGACACAUUGACUGAAGUCGACGUUUCGGUCGCACCGGUUGAUGGGAAAACAGUUGGCGAUCAGGCGAGUUGCGCAAUUGGUUCAGAUUUUUCACCGCCUUCUGAUCCGCCUCCACCACCACCGCUGCCGCAUAUCAGCGAGCCGAUUGAGGAACUCUCUCUAGAGGUAUGUGUUUCUCAAAGAUAUCUUGUCUUCAGUUUAUUUAUGCAUUAG